GCCGAUCAAAGUGCCAGUGAUGGCGGCACAAAGAUAUUCUCCCUGGAGGAGCUGCAAAAGGCAACCAAUAAUUUCGAUCACACCCGUGUGGUUGGACGCGGUGGCCAUGGCACUGUCUACAAGGGCAUCCUGACCGACCAGCGAGUGGUGGCCAUCAAGAAAUCAACGCUUGCGGUGAUCAGAGAGAUCGACGAGUUCAUCAACGAGGUCUCCAUCCUAUCGCAGAUCAACCACCGGAACGUGGUGAAGCUGCAUGGAUGUUGCCUAGAAUCUGAGGUCCCUCUGCUUGUCUACGAGUUCGUCUCCAACGGCACGCUCUACGACCUCCUGCACCGCGAGCAGAACGGUAGCUUGUCGCCGUGGUCCUGGGAGGAGCGCCUGAGGAUCGCCACCGAGAUUGCAGGCGCGCUCACGUACCUGCACUCCGCGGCUUCCGUGUCGAUCCUACACAGAGACGUCAAGUGCAUGAACGUGCUCCUGACGGACAGCUACACCGCAAAGGUUUCAGACUUCGGCGCGUCGAGGCUGAUCCCGAUCGACCAGACACACCUAGUCACUGCCGUUCAGGGCACGUUUGGGUACCUAGAUCCGGAGUAUUACCACACCGGUCAGCUCAACGAAAAGAGCGAUGUUUAUAGUUUUGGAGUGAUACUCGUUGAGCUGCUGACGAGGAGGAAGCCGAUCAUUCAGAACGAGUAUGGCGAGAAGCAGAACCUGUCCAACUACUUCUUGUGGGCUAUGAGGGAGAGGCCCCUCGAGGAGACAGUGGACGCUCAGAUCCUCGAUGAAGCGAAUGGGGAACGGGUUCUGUGCAUGGCUCGGUUGGCGGAGGAGUGCCUAUGUCUGACACGAGUGCAGAGGCCUACCAUGAAGGAUGUGGAGAUGAGGCUGCAGCUCCUGGCGGGGCGCCGUGUUGUACCAAGGGCGGGGCCGCAUGAAGGGGCACAACCUCGCCGUGAAGCUACGGGAGACGUUGGGCGUGGUUGUGUUGUUCCGGUGAUUGGUCAGCAUGGCUCACGCCAAUUCAGCCAAGAGCAGGAGUUCGCGUCGUCUCUGCGUGUACCGCGGUAGUUUGUAGGCAUGAAGCAUAUUGUUAGUAUAGAAUAAAAUGCAUAUACAGUUGUGUGUAUCCUAAUUACCUUUUGCUCGUGCUUGCAAAGUCCAAUUUUAUAACGUGUAUUUGAAAUUUCAAUUGAAAUAUGUAAAAGUGAUUUCUUUUUGGGCCAACCUGGACCCACCAAUCAGCAGAACCAACGACAUGCCUUUGUCUCCUCUGUUCCAAAACAGAGCGCAAAGGAGGACAACUUCCAUUGAAGGCGACUAGAGCUAGUCUGGAUGGUGCUGUUUUUCUGUUCCACCGUGCAAUGGGAAACGUUUUG